AUGGAAUAUUCCGGCGACGGCCGAUUCGACGUGAUUGUCGUGGGAGCAGGAGUAAUGGGAAGCUCCGCCGCGUAUCAUCUGGCCAAAGGAGGCCACAAGACUCUCCUCUUAGAGCAGUUUGACUUCCUCCACCACCGUGGCUCUUCACACGGCGAGUCACGCACCAUACGCGCCACUUACCCAGAGGAUUACUACUACGCCAUGGUCUCCGAGUCCACUCGGUUAUGGGCUCAGGCUCAGUCCGAGAUCGGAUACAAAGUCCAUUUCCCAACCCAACAAUUCGACAUGGGUCCAGCAGAUCAGCAGAGCCUCCUCUCCGUUAUCGCUACGUGUCGCAAACAUGGCCUAGUUCACCGUGUUAUGGACUCACGAGCCGUCUCCAAAUAUUUCUCCGGGAGGAUUAGUAUCCCGGAGAACUGGAUCGGAGUCUCGACGGAUCUUGGUGGAGUUAUCAAACCCACCAAGGCCGUCUCCAUGUUCCAGACGCUGGCGUUUCGACACGGCGCCGUUUUGAGAGACAACACCAAGGUGGCAAACAUAAAGAGAGACGGUGAAGGGAUAAUGGUUUGUACGGUUAAAGGAGAGAGAUUCCGCGGUAAAAAAUGCAUUGUAACCGCGGGUGCAUGGAUAGGUAAGCUGGUGAAAACGGUGGCCGGGAUUGAUUUUCCGGUGGAGCCGCUUGAGACGACGGUAUGUUAUUGGAGAAUCAAAGAAGGUCACGAGGAUAAAUUUGCAAUCGAGGGAGAGUUCCCGACUUUUGCGUCUUACGGAGCUCCGUAUGUGUACGGAACUCCGUCACUCGAGUAUCCGGGGUUGAUCAAAGUCGGGGUACACGGUGGUUAUCAUUGCGACCCGGAUAAGAGGCCUUGGGGUACGGGAGUGAAGCUAGAGGAGCUUAAAGAGUGGAUUAAGGAAAGAUUUGGAGGGAUGGUUGAUUCAGAAGGACCUGUGGCCACUCAGCUUUGUAUGUAUUCAAUGACGCCCGACGAGGAUUUCGUCAUUGAUUUUCUCGGCGGGGAGUUAGGGAGAGAUGUGGUGGUCGGUGGCGGUUUCUCCGGUCAUGGGUUUAAGAUGGCGCCGGCGGUGGGGAGGAUACUCGCCGAGCUGGCGACGGAGGGAGAGACCGGAGGAGGAGUUGAGAUGAAGCAUUUUAGUCUGCGGAGGUUUGAAGAGAAUCCUAAAGGGAAUGCAAAGGAGUAUCCUGACCAAGUAAUACUUGGUAGUUGUCGAUUGUAA